AGUUGUCGUGUGAUGAUUUCGGUUGCGAUCUUGUUUUCCGGGGAAUCAUCGGUGGUUACAUGCUUUGACGCUGUUUUUCUUUCACCAGUCAUUGCCUGUCUAUUCUCUGCCAGACAAAUUUCAACUGCCUAAAUCUUAUACAGUUUGAACUCCAAUUCUCUGUUACCUUCGCUGCAUUUAACGUAAGAUGUUGUUUACAAUGUAGGUUGAUGAUGUUUUUUUCAAAUUCAAAUCUCUCAUAAUUUCUUUAUUUCCUGUCAUAUCAGCGCUAUAAUUACUAAUUCUGUGUCUCUACCAGGGAUCGUGUUCCAGUUUUAUGAAUGGAACAACAAGCAAUAGCCUCCAGGAAACCUCUCGGAAGGAAUUCAACAAUAGCUCAACAUGAAUUAGUUGAAACUCAAUAUAAUUACCGCUACGGAUGUCACCUUCACAGAAGACCUGGAUCUUGUACAUCAAUACACUGUUCUUCUGCUUUCAUUUGUGGAUUAGUUUCAGCAUCAACAAGGGACUCUUUGGAGGUCUUAUUGCUUAGUGAUGGAGAAACAUAAACAGAUUCAUUCAGAAAGCAGCAACUCUACAGAUGAAGUACUUCCAGUACUCAUCCAUUCUACAAGUAGAAAUAGAGUGGAUAGUUUUGAUUGUGUAAAAGAAGAUGACAGCUCAACCAGCUUCAAUUUUCCAAACCAUUCAUCAAAAGUUACUGGAGCAGAUAGAGGUGAAACUCCAAAUAUCUUGAAUACAGAGAAGAAGAAGAAGAAGAAGAACAUAACUGAGAAUCUGGUUCCCAGUCCUGCUGUCACACCAGAAAGUGCAAGGAAAAGUCAGGCAGAAAAUUGUAGAUUUUUUUCUGUGCCAAGUCCAGAUGAUUCACCUGCACUUUCUGCACCUGUGGCAACUGCCAAUCCGGUGGUUUCGGGGACUCCCAGGACUCUGAAAGCAAAGGAUAAAAGGUUUAAUACUUUCAAAACAUGGUCUGGGAGGCUUGAAAGGCAAUUCACGAGCUUAAGCAAAAGGCGACGCGAAGAAAUUGAAGACUGGGAUUCUCAGAGUAGCCCUGAAAUGGAGAUUAUAGCAGUGGACCGGUACUAUGAUGCAUUGGAGGGCCCUGAAUUGGACACCUUAAGGGCUUCCGAGGAAAGUGCUCUUCCAAAGGAUAUGAAGUGGCCAUUUCUUCUUCGUUUCCCAAUCUCUUCCUUUGGUGUCUGCCUGGGAGUUAGCAGCCAAGCAAUUAUGUGGAAGGCCCUUGCCACUGCUACUUCCACUAGGUUCCUGCACAUAAACCUGGCUGUAAACCUCGUCUUAUGGUCCAUAUCUGCUGCUCUUGUAGCCAUUGUCGCGUUUAUAUAUGCUAUGAAAGUCGUUUUCUACUUUGAAGCAGUUCGUCGUGAGUACUACCAUCCGGUGAGGGUAAACUUCUUCUUUGCACCAUGGAUAGCCCUGCUAUUCUUGGCUCUUGGAGUGCCACCAUCAGUCAUUGAGAGCCUGCAUAAGUCUCUAUGGUAUAUUCUUAUGGCCCCGAUUUUUUGCUUAGAGGUUAAGCUGUAUGGGCAGUGGAUGUCUGGAGGACAGCGGCGGCUGUCAAAGGUUGCCAAUCCCUCGAACCAUCUCUCGGUUGUUGGGAACUUUGUGGGGGCAUUGCUUGGUGCAACAAUGGGGCUAAAAGAAGGUCCUAUUUUCUUCUUUGCUGUUGGAUUGGCUCAUUACUCUGUCCUGUUUGUGACUCUCUACCAGAGGCUUCCAACGAACGAUACGCUUCCCAAGGAACUUCACCCGGUUUUCUUCCUGUUUGUUGCCGCUCCUAGUGUGGCUUCCUUGGCUUGGGCUAAGAUUCAUGGGAGCUUUGAUUAUGUUUCAAAGAUCGCUUACUUCAUCGCCUUGUUCCUUUAUGUCUCACUGGCGGUUCGUAUAAACUUCUUUCGCGGUUUCAAGUUCUCGUUGGCAUGGUGGGCUUACACCUUUCCCAUGACUGGAGCUGGCAUGGCCACCAUCAAAUACUCAGCUGUAGUAACAAACACAGUGUCAAAGUGUGUUGCUGUCGUAUUUUGUGGCAUUUCCACACUCACAGUCACAGCACUGCUUGUGACAACCAUCGUUCAUGCCUUUGUUCUCAGAGACCUUUUCCCCAAUGACAAUGCCAUUGCAAUCAGUGAUAGAGGCGAACCGCAACACAAAAGGCGUCACAGAAGGAAUGGCAGCUCUGCUCUCAAAGACACCUACCUUAGAGUUGUAGAUGAUUCUGCAGAUAUCAAAGAUAUCGAGGCUGCCCAUUCUCCCCCAACCCCCAACCCCGCAGGGACAAGCAAUCUGCGGACUGAAGGUCAUUGAGUCCCAAACUUAGCUGAGGUUUUUGCCAAAGUCUCGAGGGAGGGGCUUUAAUUUAUGCGUCCAGGUGAUCUUGAUGUAAAAUAGAAACCAAAGGUUUUUGUUGUUUUUGCAUACUGCAUUGGUAUCUGCAUCUUACAAGAUGGGACUAAUGCAGUCGAGUCUCGAUCAGGAAGGGCUCACUAUUAGCAGCAGCCCUCCAUGACCUGAAAUUAUGUGCACAUAUGUCUUGGAAAAAAAACACUUUGUGACUGAGCUAAUGGGUUGUCUAUUACUUGGCUAGCUACCAUGGGAACAUCAUUGAUCAAUACCUUAAAGUUUCAUAUGAUUCUAUAGUUGUCAAUGAUAUU